AUGCCCACCUUUCUCGACGGCGAGAUGCUGCCGCCGCCGGCAGCAUCAAUGCGCCGCGAUCACCACACCUACGGCGGCAACAAUGCCUUCCACAACUUUUACAACGACUAUUCACACAUCACCGACCCCAACCUGAGGAGGCGUCUGGCCCUUUCCGAGAUUGACAAGGUUCCCUUUGGGUUUUACCAUGUUCGAGCCGUGCUGGUCGCCGGAGCCGGAUUCUUCCUCGAUUCCUACGACAUCUUUGCCAUCAACCUCAUUACCACCCUGCUUGGGCUCGUCUUCUACAGCGGAGACGAUCACAUCAACGGCUACGGAGGCAAUGGUGGUGCUCUGCCCGACACCGUCAACCAAGCGCUCAAGGCCUCGACCAGCGGCGGUAUUGUGCUGGGAAUGCUCAUCUUUGGUCUGCUUGCCGAUCCCACGAUUAGUGCCGCCGGGCUGAUGAUCUUCUGGCGUGUCCUGAUGGGCAUCGGUAUUGGGGGCGAUUACCCCCUUUCUUCAGUCAUUACCUCUGAGUUUGCACCGACACGCUGGCGUGGGGCCAUGAUGGCUGCCGUCUUCUCCAUGCAGGGCCUCGGUCAGCUUUUAGCCGCCGUUGUCGCGCUUGUCACCACGGUGGCGUUCAAGAAGCAUUAUAUCGACAUCCCCACGGAAGGAGCCUGCGAUUUGGCAUGCAGGGAGGCCGCGGAUCGCUCGUGGCGAAUCGUCGUUGGCUUCGGGGCCAUCCCUGCCUGCCUGGCCCUGUACUACCGCAUCACCAUUCCCGAGACGCCCCGAUACACCUUUGAUGUACAGAACGACAUCGAAAAGGCCGAUGCCGACAUCCGGGCUUAUGUAUCGAGCAAGUCAAAGAGCGACUACUCCAUCAAGCGCUCCCGCUCGACGACCCUGACGACCGAACAGCCUCUCGACGUACCCGCAGCGUCAUGGCCAGACUUGAUGAGCUACUUUGGGACAUGGAGCAAUUUCAAGGUGCUCGUUGGUACCACCAUGUCAUGGUUCUUUUUGGAUCUCGCAUACUACGGUCUGGGCCUGAACAACUCCAUAGUGCUCAGUGCCAUUGGCUAUGCUGAUGGACGCACGUUAUACCACAAGCUAUACAACCAGGCCGUUGGCAUGAUCAUUCUCUCAUGCGCCGGGUCCAUUCCUGGCUACUGGGCCGCCGUCUUCACCAUCGACAGUGUCGGCCGCAAGCCCCUUCAGUUCGUUGGCUUCCUUUUGCUAACUGUCAUCUUCUGCGUUCUCGGCUUCUGCUUUGACGCCUUGAGCGAGACGGCCAUGCUUGUCCUCUACAUCAUUGCGCAAUUCUUGUUCAACGCCGGCCCCAACACGACUACUUUCAUCAUUCCCGGAGAAUGCUUCCCUACGCGAUACCGAUCGACUGGCCACGGCCUCUCUGCAGCUGCGGGCAAGGUCGGCGCCAUCGUUGCCCAGGUCAUUAGCAUUCCCAUACUGAACAAGGACGCCCCAGCUGACUGCAAGGGGACUUCGUGCUCGCCACAUCUCAACCGCCUCCUGCAGCUCUUUGCCCUCUUCAUGUUACUGGGCACGCUGGUCUCGCUGUUGGUUCCGGAGACUAAGGGGCUGACGCUGGAGGAGCUGUCAGGAGAGGCCCGUACCAGCUACAAUGCCGGGUGCAACGGCAGCAUCAACAUUCCCUCGCCCCAGUUGCGACCGUGGAACCCCUUCAGCGGUGGCCGGCCAGCCGGGUUCUUCUAUCCGCGGGCGCAUGGCAGCACCUUUGUCAACGGCCGACGCUCCCCUCACCCCGGAAUCAUGGAGUCUCCCGAGAUCUAUGCCUCCGACCCGGCCUCACAAAGGUCACGAUUCUGGCGCAGAAGAUUUAGAAAGUCCCAGAGAAGCGUUAGGACGGACGAGAUUGCCCUCAGCCGUCGCCCGAGCAGCUUUCACGAGGCUGCCGCGUCGGACGAGGUCACCCUGACGGACGGUUUUCUGGCCCCGGGGGCGGCGAGCUCUUCGCGAUACCGGCCACAAUACAUGCAGCAAGAAGUGCCCAGCUGGGGAGCAGGCUGGGGUCGUAUCGACAGGGGAGGGCCUCCUAUGGCCCCAUCGAUGCAGCUGCAGGAUGUCGGUUCCCUGUUGAAAGACGGAUAGACUUGCUUCUUGAGGAAGACAAUCCUUUCCUCUUCCUCCCAUCUCUUUAUCGCAAUU